AUGUUAGGACAAACUCUUAUCAUUGCUUUGGCGGCAAUAACAACUUUCGUUGAUGCCCAUCCUCACCAAAUACGGAAGGUAUCGCCAGCUCACAAUGUUGAGAAGAGAGCUACUACAGCACCGACAAUCUCAGGAUGGACCUACCAGGGUUGUGUAACUGACGGUGGAGCUAGAGCUUUAACUGCGGCAAGUCAAAUCAACGGUGCGAUGACCGCUCAGUUGUGUACCACUUGGUGCGCAAGUAAGGGAUACACGUAUGCUGGAUUGGAAGCUAAGAAUCAAUGUUACUGUGACACCCAGUUGAGAAAUGGACUUGGUAUUUCCACUUCAGCUUCGGAUUGUAGUUACGCAUGUACUGGUGAUUCCAGUCAACCUUGCGGAGGGUACUACAAGAUGAACUCUACUUCCUCUUUGACUUCUACUAGUACUUCCAAAACCACCUCUACAUCUACAAGUACUAUCAAAACCAGCACUACCGCCGCGACUGCCACUGUCACGGAAAGAGAUUCGGCAGCCACCUAUUAUGGGUGUUAUCAAGACUCCUCUUCGAAACGUUUGAUGAAUAGCGCUUCUACCGAAUCGUCCUCGAUGACCCCAAGUGUCUGUCAGACGUUCUGUAGCAGUAAGGGAUACUCUUUAGCCGGUGUCUCGUACGGUAAACAAUGUUUCUGCGGUAACUCGGUUGAUUCAACCAAAAGGCAAUCUUCAGAAACAGGUUGUUCAUACGCUUGUACUGGAGACAAAACUUUGAAAUGUGGUGGAUUCUGGUACCUUAAUAUAUACAGUUCAAGUGGUACCAUCUCAACCACUAGUGCGGUCUCCACUACGACUACAAAGACUACCACCUCAAGCAGCAGCUCCAGCACAAGUUUUACAGCUAGUUCGACGACCUCGGUAGCUGCUGCAAUUGCUUCAUCAACGACUGGAGUGGCUUCACCGCCUUCUGCCACGGGUACCAAACAGCUUUUUGCUCACCACAUGGUCGGAAACACCUAUUCGUAUACCCAAUCUACCUGGGCAGACGAUAUAUCCCAAGCUUCGGCAGCCGGUAUCGAUGGCUUCGCAUUGAACUAUGGCUCCGAUUCUUGGCAACCUAGUAGAAUCGCCGAUGCCUAUGCAGCGGCUAAAGCCAAUGGGAAUUUCAAGAUGUUCUUAUCUAUGGAUGUCUCAUCGUUGGGUUGCUCGUCGACAAGUGAUGCCUCCAAUCUAGUCAAUACGAUCGCUACCUAUGCUAACAACUCUGCUCAAGCCAAAGUUGACAGUAAAAUACUCGUAUCAACUUUCGCAGGAGAAUCGUGUACAUUCGGACAAGGAUCUUAUCAAGCCGCAUGGACCUACUUCGAUUCUCUCCUUAAAGCCAAAUCGAUCGAUGUAUACUUCGUCCCGGCCACUUUCGCCGAUAUCAGUACCUUCUCAUCAAGUAGUUGGAUGGACGGUGAAUUCAAUUGGAACUCCGGCUGGCCAAUGGGCAGUUCCGCUUUGGAUACCUCCUCAGAUACUAGCUACAUGAGUGCCUUGAGUACCCAAGGAUACAUGGCGAGUGUAUCACCGGCGUUUUUCACGUACUACUCACCUUCGAGCUAUAAUAAAAAUUGGAUCUACAGGAGUGAUGAUUGGUUAUUGGCUAGAAGGAUGGAACAGAUUAUUUCGAUGAGAAAUACAUUUGAUUUGGCUGAGAUCAUCUCUUGGAAUGAUUACGGAGAAUCCCAUUAUAUCGGUCCUAUCCGAGCUGAUCAACCCAACUCCCAAGGAUGGACAAACGGUAUGCCCCACACUGCUUGGCUAGAAGUUAUCAAAUACUACGCUCCGGCAUUCAAGACCGGCUCCUACCCAUCCGCCAACGAUCAGCUGGUGUUAUGGUCUCGGCCUCACCCCAAAGCAGCCACUGCCACUUCACCUUCGAUGUCUCGACCUACAGGAUGGAACAACACCGAUGACCUCCUAUACGUCUGGGUAGUUUUGAAAUCUGCAGCCACAGUUAUUGUCACGUCAGGAUCCAACAGCGUCUCUUGGAAUCUCAGUGCGGGAGUCAACAAGGUCUCUGUCAAAUCUGCUGCAGGUUCGAUUGGAGCUAAGAUCGUAAGAAGUGGAUCUACAGUCAAAUCUUACGAUUCAACAGGUUCGUUCACAUAUACAACCUCACCAAGCGAUUACAACUAUAACUACUUUGUCGCUUCUGCUUAA